AUGAGCAAGGCGACUCGUCUAUCUGUUAUUGUAGGAGGAGGAGGAGCAUCGACAGGAAAUAUUAAUUCUUUUGGUAAUAGUAACAGCAGUAAUAUUGAGACUAUUAGCCCUACCAUCAGAAAAGUAAAUACAAAUUCGGAGCUUGUGGAUUACGCUUCUCAUUCCGAAGACGAAAACGAAAUAACAAAGCCAUUAUUUAACGAUACAAUGUUUAAUGAAACAUCUCACAUCAUGGGAGCUGCCAUCAAUGUUGAGCAAUUCUUGGAUCCCGAAACAGAAAAAUUGAAAUCCUAUGAUCGAAGAAAUUUAUUUCAAAAACUUUUGGAUUUUACUCUCCGAAGAAAGAAAUAUUUUGGAAGAACGAUUUUUCUUAAUGGACAAACUGUACCAAAAGGAAAGAAAUAUCCUGCUAAUGUUGUUAGGAAUAGGAGAUAUAAUUUUAUCACUUUUCUUCCUCUGGUUUUGUUUGAACAAUUUAAAUUCUUUUUUAACUUAUAUUUUCUUGUAGUGGCACUAUCCCAAAUAAUUCCACAAUUACAAGUUGGUUUUUUAUUUACCUAUGUGGCUCCACUAGCAUUUGUGCUGUGUGUUACUCUACUAAAAGAAGCGUAUGAUGAUAUUAAACGAUGGAGAAGAGAUAUCGAAUCCAACAGCCAAAAGUUCUUGAGACUUUCUAAAAACUCUACAUUUGAAACAGUACCAAGCUCAAAAAUCAAAGUGGGUGACAUUAUUCAAAUUGAAACUGAUCAGAGAAUACCUGCAGAUUGCAUUUUACUAAGAACUACAGAAAAAAGUGGAGCAUCCUUUAUCAGAACUGAUCAACUUGAUGGAGAAACAGAUCAAAAACUAAGACAUGCUAUACCAACUACUCAAAAACUUACAUCUGAUUUUGAUUUGAAGCGAAUAACUGCAUGUGUAUUUGCAGAAAAACCAAAGAAGGAAAUUUAUGAUUUCAUUGGAAAUUUCACACUCUAUUCUCCAGAUGGACGAGUGGAAGUGGUAGAACCUUUAAGCUUAGAAAAUACAUUAUGGGCUAAUACGGUAGUUGCUACUGGUACAGUAACUGCUUUGGUAAUCUAUACAGGUACUGAAACAAGAAGUGCAUUGAAUGCAAGUGAGCCAAGAUCAAAGGUUGGAAAACUUGAUCGAGAGCUGAAUACCUUGUCUAAAUUUUUAUUCUGUCUCAUGUUUGUCGUGAGCGUACUUAUGGUCGCAUUGAAACAAUUCCAAGGACUUUGGUACAUCACCAUUUUCCGAUUUGUUUUACUGUUCUCUUCUAUUAUUCCAAUCAGUUUGAGAGUGAACUUGGACAUGGGUAAAACAGUAUAUAGCUUCUUUAUCAUGAAGGAUAAGAAGAUUCCAGGUACCAUUGUCCGAAACUCUUCCAUACCAGAGGAAUUGGGACGAAUUAAUUAUUUGUUUUCUGAUAAGACUGGAACAUUAACUCAAAACGUCAUGAUUUUUAAAAAGUUACAUUUAGGAAAUAUCUCAUUCGACGAAGAUGCACUAACUGAUAUAUUUGAACAUGUGGAAAAAACAUAUAGAAGACAAGGCGUAUCGAACAAUGACCUACAAGUUAAGGAAUUUAUUGAAGCUCUUGCGUUAUGUCACAAUGUGACACCAAUUGAUCCUACCUCUACACAUCACCAUCAUGAAGAAAGCAUGUAUCAAGAUGAAGAGGGUACAGUCGUUCAAACGGAUAUCCAACUUAAUGCAACUGAAAGAGAAUAUCAAGGUAGCUCACCUGACGAAAUAGCUCUUGUUAAAUUUGCUGAAAAGUCAGGUUUAAUACUUGAAAGUAGAUCACUGAAUUCAAUGGCUUUAAAAAAUCCUUUGGGAGAGAUUGAAGAAUUUGAGGUGCUAAAUAUUUUCCCUUUUACAUCAGCUUCAAAGCGAAUGGGUAUUGUUGUAAAGUUCCUCUCGAGUGGUAAGAUUGUAUUCUAUUGUAAAGGUGCUGACUCUGUGAUGAAACAACUGGUAAAGGCAUCACAAAGCGAGUGGUUAGAUGAAGAAGCUGACAAUAUGGCUAGAGAAGGAUUGAGAACAUUGGUAUUUGGAAGUAAGGCGCUAACUGACGAACAAUACAUUCAGUUCAAUAGUGAAUACAAAAAAGCAUCGGCCCUUAUUAACGAUAGAGCAUCUGAGAUGGAACGAGUACGACAAAAGUAUUUGGAGUGUGAUAUGAAUUUAUUGGGAGUCACAGGUGUCGAAGAUAAACUUCAAGAAAAUGUUCAGAGAAGUCUUGAACAACUCAGACAUGCUGGUGUGAAAGUUUGGAUGUUGACUGGAGACAAAGUAGAAACAGCAAUUUGUAUUUCAAGAAGUACCAAGCUCGUGGCAAGAGGUCAAUACAUUUUCGAAGUCAUUUCCAAUGAUGAAAAACGAAUUGAAGAGUUAUUGGAAGAAUAUGAAGCGGAAUAUGCCUCUUCAGGCGCUGGGUUUUUAAUUGAUGGAGCAACACUUCAUAUUGCUUUAGAGAAAUUGCCAAACAAAUUUGUAGCAGCUGCCUGUAAAGCUACGAGCGUGGUGUGUUGCAGAUGCAGUCCAACUCAAAAAGCAGAAGUUGUCUCUCUUGUCAAGAAAAAGACAAAAAGUCAAACAGCUGCCAUUGGAGAUGGAGGAAAUGACGUAUCCAUGAUCUUGUGUGCAGAUGUUGGAAUUGGAAUUGAAGGAAAAGAAGGCAAACAUGCUUCCUUAGCAGCAGAUUUCUCAAUCAAACAAUUUUCGUAUUGCACUGAUUUAAUUUUGUGGCAUGGUAGAAAUUCUUACAAGCGAUCAGCUGCUUUGGGUCAAUUUAUUAUUCAUAGAGGAUUGAUCAUUUCUGUCAUUCAAGCUAUAUUCUCAGCCAUGUUUUUCUUCUCAACAAUUCCUAUUUUCACAGGAUGGCUUCUCGUUGGAUAUGCAACCUAUUACACCAACUUUCCAGUGUUCUCAUUGGUGUUAGAUGAAGAUGUAAAACGAGAAACUGUGUAUCUCUUCCCAGAAUUAUAUAAGGAGCUUCAAAAGGGAAGGGUACUUUCAUUCAAAACUUUUCUCAUUUGGACGCUAAAAGCCGUCUAUCAAGGCGGUGUUAUUAUGAUACUUGCCAUCUUUCUUUUUGAGAACAACUUUUUGAGAAUUCAAAGCAUUAGCUUUACGGCACUAAUUUUAACUGAAAUUGUGAUGGUCUCUAUUGAAGUGCACAGAAAACUCAAUCCUCUCAUUAUUAUUUCCGAAAUUUUGUCUAUUGCAAUCUACUUUGCUUCGAUAUUCCUAUUACCAACUUACUUUGAUACGGCGUUUAUUAUGACCUUUGACUUUUGGUGGAAAUCGAUAGUAAUCACUGCUGCAGCAACUGUGGUCAUUAUUGUUGCCAAGUUUGUGCAUAGCAAGAUCAAUCCACCAGUGUGGAGCAAGUUGAACGAAUCUUUUUGA